UGGUCUAUGUCACUGUGAAUCACAUUAUGAAAGAGAAGGAGGAGCUCAGCAAUAUUAAUACGCCUUGUUUUUGAGUUGAACUUCAUUUGUCCAACUCCUGACACCAUGCUACUGCUGCUUCUACUACUCUCACCAGUGGUGGGGGGUGAGCGUGUGAUGGGGGUGAAGAAGGGGGAUGCGUGUGUGUGCUCUGUGGACUCUGGGAUGUGGGCAUUCCCUGUGCAGCAGUUCGAGACCGUCCAGCAGCAGCUCCAGUCCUGUGAGGACUCAGUGCAGAGCCUCAGCCAACAGGUGCAGUUGUCCAGUGAUCGUCUGCCCCACAUCCAGUCUCUGUUGGCUAAUGUGACGGCCCGUCUGCAGCCACAUCAGUACCUCCAGUACAAAGGCUUGUACUCUGCUCUGGGUCUGCGUCAGCUCAAUACCGAGAUCAACCAGCUGGAGGUGCACGUGAGCGCAGUGCACAGCCAGCUCAACAAUGAACACACACAGGCACUCACAAAAGAGGUUGUGAAACUUCGUCAAAAUGUGGACCGAAUGAAGAUGACUGAUGACAUUAACCUGACAUCACUGAAAGAGCAAGUGCGCUACCUGAAGAACAGAGCUGAGACCUGUAAAUCUAUUCCCAGUGACUACAGAGGCCAGCAUCAGUACUGCAGCAAAGGUUUGAUCAAGAGUAUCAGUGAACCAGUGGCGACGAAGGUCAGCCCGUACGGAAAGGGCAUAAUUUCAGGCUCAUGGGGUAAACAGGCUCUUCAGAACACUGAAGAAGAAGAGGAGCAGGGCAAAUACUGGGUGCUGCCCCUCCUCAGCAGCCACAUCUGGGGCAAUGUUCUACGAGUCUAUCCAAACUAUGACAACUUUAUGACCUCCACCAACCACAAGGACUACAACUUUGCCCCUUCCCACACUCAUGUCAACUCCAUAGAGGGUCCCAGUGCUGUGCUGUAUGGCAAUGGACUUUACUACCACUGCUACAAAUCAGAAGAGAUUUGUCGAUAUGAUCUGACCAAAAAUGAAGUAAAAAGGGUGAAACUCCCUGGUACUGGGGUUGGCAAUAAUAACAAGUUCCCAUACUGUUACUAUGACUGCCGCACCCACAGUGACAUAGAUGUAGAGGCCGAUGAAACUGGUCUGUGGGCUAUCUAUGCAACAAUGGGUAACCAUGGCAACAUUGUAGUUAGUCGGAUCAUAUGGAACAGUGAGGACGAGACGCUGAAUGUAACCCAGACAUGGGAGACGAGGGUGUUUAAGAAGGCAGUGACCAAUGCAUUCAUGGUGUGUGGUGUGCUGUAUGUGACCAGGUACAACAGUGACUUCAGAGAAGAGGUGUUCUACGCUUUUGAUACAAUGACAGGACGAGAGGACAGCACUCUGGCACUGCCCAUGGAAAAAGUAGCAAAGGGCGUGGCUAGUUUGAGCUAUAAUCCCACAGACAAAAAGAUCUACAUGUACAAUGAUGGGUAUCUCCUAGCUUACCAGGCUAACUUCUACUGAAGGACCUUGUACUUGUAGUCGUUUGCACUCUCAAAAUAAGUAUGUCUCUGAAUUGUGAAGUAUUAUGUCUGUAAGUGUUGAUAAAAAUAUUUUCCUGUGUCUUAUAUACAAUGAGCAUUUAAAAUUGUACAGUGUUUUAAAUUUUUGGACUUGAAUAAAAAAUAAAUUCAGUCUCAACCUCA